AUGGCUCUCGCGAGCGAAGAGAAAGUUUGGGGAACGACGUCGUACGGCGCUAGGGUUCAGGUGGUGGAUCACCACGGCAACGUCGGGUCCUAUGACAACAUCGUGGAACACCACGACAACGUCGGUUCUCCCUCCGCCUCCGCCGAUACUGACUGGGCAGCGGCCAAACGCAUGGAGUCGGAGAAUGAAAACAAGGUUUUGGGAACCACGUCGUUUGACGCUAGGGUUCCGGCGCAGCUCUACCACAAGAGGAUGGUGGAUCGCAUCGGGUUCAUCGACAAGAGUUUGGUCAGAGCACAACCGUACCCUAUAAUCGUGAAGUUGCCUGACGGAAAUGGAAUCACGUUCAACAGGGAAGCUAUCAACGACCCUUUGUUGGUGUCUUCCGCCUCAACCCCCAUGACCAUGACUCCCACCGUCAUAGAUCACUGGUUACAGACCAAACGCAUGGAGUCAAAGUACUCUGAAAAGAAAGUUUCGGAAACGGCAUUGUUCGGAGCUAGGCUUCCGGUGGAUGAGGAUCAUCACGACAACCCCCGCAACUUCGGGUCCUUUAACAAGAAUAGUGUGACCCACAGUCUUUUCGGACUACCGCCACCACCACGCGACAACAUCGGGUCCUUCGACAAGAAUAGUGUGACCCACAGUCUUUUCGGACCACCGCCACGCGACAACAUCGGGGAAGUCAUGAAAAAAGCUUACUUCAAGCCUGACUGGGCAGAGGCCAAACACAUGAAGUUGGAAAAUGAUAGAACCCUUAGUGAAAGUUGGGCUGCAGCUCAUGAGUCUAGGCCCAAAAUAUGGAAAGUUUAUGUUAGAAAGAAUAAGAGAGGAGGGGAAUCUUUUGAGGAGUGA